CUGUUUUUCGCUCCCUUUUUCCCGUUGUCAUCUUCCGUUCCGAUGCCGUAUGUCCUCAGGGGAUUACGAUCGCAAGUCAAGGAGGCGUGAUCCUUUCCCCGCUCGACGCGGUACCAUUUUCAACCCUGGUUUGCAAUCACUCCCCCCAAACUCUCUCACGAUGAUUGCCAUUUUCUCUCCUCUCUCUCUUCGGAUUGCCGCAGUUCUGUGGCUUGCGGCAACCUCCACCAUGCCGUGUGUCUCUUCUGCACCUCCCUCAAGCACGCGCUAUGGAAGCCACGAAACCUCUUCCGAGUCGAAGAGUCGUGGGCCUCCGGCGCACGCCAACCGCCACAGCAAGCCGGUCAACUUCAAAGUCCGAGAGCUGGAGACACUCCUCGCCCAAGGGAAGGAACUGCCUGAGUCCGUUGCCGAGUUGUACUCGCGCGUCCUUGAGCCAUCGCACGAAGACUCGCUCAACUUGCAAGGGCGACGGCGCACUGAGUUAAUGAAACCGGCGCAGCAAAGCACUACUGGUGCGAUCAACUCCCGCGAGACUGCGCUUCAGCGAAUCCUCCGCAAACUGCGCCAAGAAGGUGUUUCUGCUCCUCCGUCAAGCACGCGCGGUGAAAGACGCGCAAUGUCGUCGUCGGCACUUUCGAGGAGUCGUGAGCAUCGGGCGCAAGGCGGCAAAAUCUCGUCGGCAGGUUCGAGGAGGGGUAAGCAUUGGGCUCGGAUGAAGCUAACAGAGAGUGAGGAAAAGGAUGUCUUCAGGCUGGUUGAAAGCAAGGAAUUGCCCAAGUCCAUUGCGCGGCGGUUCUUGCGAGUCCUCCAGACAUCGGUGAGGCUCAGUGAGAGCGAGGUAGAAGAGAUCCUCAGUCUGGCAGAAAACAGGGGUUUGCCCGAGUCCAUUGCGGCGUUGUUCUUGGGAGUCCUCGAGACAUUGGCGAGCGACUCUGUCGAGAUGGACGAACGAAGACCCCAGUUUCGAACGGGGAGGCGAGCCUCAAGUGGGGUGGACUUUACGGACAAGGCUAUUCAGCAGGAAACCGCCACCGAAGGUGGAGGGCCGCACUCUCGCCUCCUUGAGAUAAUUGGUGUUUCCAACGUUCCGUUCCAGUUCGUAGACAGCAACGUGCUGACGUUUCGAGGCAAUCUACUUCCCUCUUCCUCCCAUAUUAUCUACCCGGAGGGAGGCAUCCAUUUCGUGCAACCGUCCAGUGUGGACGAAUCGAUUUUCUUCCUUUCGGAAAAGGGAGUCUGGAGGUUGCCGACCACCUCAACCUCGUACGGUGCUGGUUCCGUCAGUCGUGCUGCUGGCCCCUUCUACGAUGCGCAAGCUUUCACGAUCGUGGACAUGAGCAAGUACGGGCGCCAAGGGAGGUUCCUUCUAGUGGCCGAAGCCGAUGAUGACAGCCUGCGAACUGUCAGUUUAGACUCGUAUGAACCGCCUUUCGGUAUCCGUUACAUGACAGGCCUCAACUCUGAAAUUCUUAGCCUUGCUGUGGAUCCGUCACGGCCUUACGUUUACUUUUCAACGGAGUAUGGGAUCUUCAAGAUGUAUCUCCCCUCUUCCGGAACUGGCUCAGUAGUCCCUCUCAUCGAUGAAGGGUCGGCGAUAGGAUCAGUUGAAGCCAGCAUCCCCGGUGAUGCGGGUUUCGAUCGAGUUCGCGUGAGCCAGCAUGCCUUCUCCGCUGACGGCCAGUUCAUGUAUGUUGCCGACCUAAACAGAAACGCAGUCUACCGCGUUUGGAUGGCGAGCGGAGAGGUGGAGAAUAUCGGUAGUGGUUAUGUUGAUGUGGACGUGUACGGCCCCUAUGGAUUAGCGUUAACGUCGGACGGUUGUAACCUGUUCGUGUCAGAGUAUGUGACAGGGAGGAUCACGCUAAUCACCUUCGAACGCAGCGGUGGCCUCGUGAGGAGCAUCCGAACACUCGCAGGUAGGAGCAGCGGUCGCUAUACGGAAUCGUCCAUUGAYCUUUUCGGUUUGGCGAUCUCCCCAGAUGACUCGUAUCUAUACGUCGGAGCGUACGAGGCGAUCUACAAGUUCGAAAUAGACACUUGGGACUUGCCCUCCUGCUCUCCUAUCUCAUCUUCUUCGCCUCCAUCCGUUCCUCCUACGAUCAGACCCAUCAUUUCUACUAGCUCUCCCCCGCCCGUAAUCUCUGUGCCGCAACCUAGCGGUAACACCUUUCCUGGUUCAACCGCCACUCCUACCCGUAGUUCUACUACGCCGCUCCCUCCCGACCCUCCUUCCCCUAUUUCUUUUAGCUAUCCACCGCCCUCCACGUCUACGCCGCCGCCACCCUCCACCUCUACGCCGCUACCGCAGUUUAUCUCAAAUUCGUCCUCUGCUAAGAAGCAAACCGAUCUCACACCCGUUGUCAUCGCUCUCGGCGUCGUUUUGCCCGUCGUAGGAGCCGCGCUCGGUGUAUUAAUGGUCUGGUGUCUAUGCGGCAUACAGCGGCAGCGGCGGCGGCGGCGAGAGGCAGAGUCACGAGCAAUCGAUAGGCCCGUGCCGUCCAUCGAUGCCAUAGAUGCCCGGGCACGAUCGCAGCAGAUCGAGCCAGUGGCUUUCACAAACAAUCCGACGGGUGCGGGGAACUGGUGGCAAGGACCAGCCGGAGGAGGGACGUUUGCAAAUAAUCGUCAUCUUGACGCUGUUCCUGCGUAGAGUUCGCUUUUCCUUUUUUCCACCGAAACGGCCCAGGUGCAGAGUGAGACAACUCAAGCAGGUUCCAAUCGCGGAUCAUCGUGAUGGAGACAGUUUGGACAGGGGGAUGAAUAAACUGGGAGGCGUUAUGUCGUCCGUCAAUGAAGCGGAUGUUAAACC